GGGCAAGGCCGUGGGCUGAUGGGCGUGGCUUUUGGGGGGCGCUUUGCGCGCCCUGCAGAUUGAUUUACACUGGACUGCGAGCUGCGCGGCGGCGAAGCCCGGAGCUGAAGACAGGUGCCUCUCGCCUUCUCCCUCUGCCCCGGUAAAAUCAUGCCUACCCAAAUCUGGAAAGGAUGGGUCAUUUAUGUGGUCAUAAUGACAAAUGGCUCUGAAGAAAAAGCCACAAAGAAGCUGUGUCCUUCCUGUGAUACCACUCAUUUUUGUGACUGUUCUUCAAUGAAUUUAAGCACCAUUCCUUCAGGACUAACAACUGAUGUCACAGGGCUAAAUCUUUCCUACAACAGAAUCAAAUCUGUUACAGAAACUGAUCUACAGCUGGGUGUGAAUCUCAGAGUGCUGCUCCUGCAAGCCAAUCAAAUUUGGACAAUAGAUAAGGAUUCAUUUGUUUUCCUUGGAAAAUUGGAACAUUUGGAUUUAUCAGAUAAUAAGCUGAGUCACUUAUCACACAGUUGGUUUAGAUAUCUUUUUUCCUUACAGCACCUAAACAUACAGGGUAAUUUAUAUACAAUAUUGGGGGACAAUCCCUUGUUUUCUAAUCUCAAAAAUUUGAGCUAUCUGCAUCUGGGGAAUAAAAAUUUCUUCUCUGCUAUACGGAAACAAGACUUCGAUGGAAUUACAGUUCUUCAGCAACUUGACAUUCGUGGUCAAAGGCUCAAGCAAUAUGAGUCAGGGAGUCUGACAACAGUGAACAUAAAUCAUAUAAUCAUAAACAUAAAUGAUGUUCAUGUGUUAUCACGGAUGGUAGAAGAUUUAAUACAUUCUGUAAUAUGUUUAGAACUGAGAGAGAUAGACUUCAGAACAGCUAAUGAAUCUUCGUUACUGGAACCAAUGAGUCGUUCUGUCAUGCAGAAAUUUGUGUUAAAAAGUGUUUUGUUUACAGAUGCAAGCAUUAACAAAAUGUUAAAUAUCUUGGUGUAUACUGAGCAAUUGUUGGAGCUAGAGUUGGACAACUGUACACUUCAGGGAACGGGACACUUCCAAGAAGAAAUUAAAAUAAAGAGAAAAAGCCCUGUAGAAAUAGUAACAAUACAGAGCUUAAAUAUAGAACAAUUUUACUUAUUUUCAGAUCUUAGUAGUUUGAAAAAUCUUAUAGCUAACAUUACCAAAAUCACAACUGUAAAUACCAAUGUCUUCUUGGUGCCUUGCAGCAUUUCAAGACAUUUUUCCUCCCUCCUUUAUCUUGAUCUCAGUGAAAAUUUGCUUGCAGAUCCAAGUUUGAAACAUUCAUCUUGUGAAGGUGCAUGGCCCUUGCUGCAAACUUUCAAUUUAAGUCAAAAUUCACUGGGUGAUUUAGAAAAGACAGGGCGAAGUCUAUCUCAUUUAAAACAUCUUACUCACCUAGAUAUUAGCCGAAACAAUUUUGGUGAAGUUCCAGAAUCGUGUCAAUGGCCGGAAAACCUGAAAUAUUUCAAUAUUUCAGGCACUCAGAUAACCACGCUGACAGCUUGUAUUCCUCAAACUCUAGAAGUUUUGGAUGUUAGCAGUAAUAACCUCAAUGAUUUUAGAUUAAAGCUACCAUUUCUCAAAGAGCUCUACAUUUCAAAUAACAAAUUAAAGAACUUGCCAGGUGCUGAAUUUAUUUCUAACUUGGUGUCCCUAAGAAUCAGCAGAAACAAAUUAACCAGUUUCUCUAAGGAAGAAUUUGGAUCAUUUAGGGAAAUGAAGACACUGGAUGCUAGUGACAAUAAUUUUAUCUGCUCUUGUGAAUUUCUCACCUUCAGUCAGGGCCAGGAAGGAAUAACAAAUGUCUUGGCUAACUGGCCAGAAAACUACAUCUGUGACUCUCCGUUUUCUGUGAGAGGGCAGCAGGUGAAGGCUGCUCGGCUUUCACUGUUUGAAUGUCACAUGACUUUGGCUGUGUCCUCAAUUUGCAUUCUAGUGUUCUUAGUAAUCCUGUUUAUUGUUAUCCUGAGCUACAAACUUCAUCUGAUCUGGUACAUGAGAAUGACCUGGGCUUGGCUUCAAGCAAAAAGGAAACCCAAGAAAUUACUCAAUCAGGACUUUUGCUACGAUGCUUUUAUUUCCUACAGCGAGAGAGAUGCCGAGUGGGUUGAAAACUUAAUGGUACAGGAACUCGAGCAUGCUCUCCCCCCAUUUAAACUGUGCCUUCAUAAACGGGACUUUUUGCCUGGGAAGUGGAUCGUUGACAACAUCAUUGACUCCAUUGAAAAAAGCCGUAAAACUCUGUUUGUGCUGUCAGAGCACUUUGUUCAGAGUGAGUGGUGCAAGUAUGAGCUGGACUUUUCGCAUUUCCGUCUGUUUGAUGAGAAUAAUGAUGCAGCAAUUUUGAUCCUUUUGGAGCCCAUUCAGGAGCAAACAAUUCCCAAAAGGUUCUGUAAACUGAGGAAAAUAAUGAACACAAAGACCUACCUUGAGUGGCCUCUUGAUGAAAGUCAGGAACCAAUAUUUUGGUUUAAUUUGAAAAUAGCAUUAAAAUCCUAGUAAAUGUUUGUCUCGACUAAAUCAGUAACGGGUCCACUAUAAGAGCCUGAUCCUAUUACAUUUGCAGAAUUAGGCUCCUACAUUUGCCAGAAAGGUGAAAACACUGGAAUUUCUAUGUGGUGUUCUGAAAAUAGUUUUAAAUCAUUUUAUGUUUUGUUUUGGCCAUUUAUUGUCUCUACAUUUCAAUCUUCAUCUACUAAUGAAGUCUAUGUUAAGGGAAUAUAUAAAAUGAAGACCAAACGUUAUUUAUAGAUUUGUCCGUGUGCUCUAUGCAUGCGUGUCGGAAAAAGGCUGUAGUGUGAAAACAUGCAAAAUCUGGUGCAAUUCUGUAUUUUUUAUAAAAACUAUUUAAAAUCAGUUGUCAUCCUAUUAAUUUAUAUGCUAGUAGCACCCAUGCCAUCGAAUGUCCGACUCCUCAAAGAUAUUAAGGCACCUAACUCCUUUUGACAUCAUUUGGAAUUAGGCACCUGAAUACCUUGACAAUUUGGAACUAAGUGUGUGCCAUAUUAUUAGACUGGCAAUGGAAGAACAUUAAUUGACUUCAUGGUGUCUUCUGCGUCUCAGUGUUCCCUGGUUAUGGGGUCUUUUUUUGGGUGUAGGUUUUUGGAGGUGGGGUGGGAAGCAGUUUGAAAAAAGUAAUCUGAUUAUGGCUUUAUCAAAGUGUUAAAGCUAGCUCUUUAAGUUUGUAAAGUAAAACAAUGUAAAGAAAAUAAAUCCAGAAUUAUAAAUAUAUUGUAAUCUAAUUAAA